AUGCGUAACUGCUCGCAUCACGAUCGUGGUGGGCGGCCAAAUGAGAUAGAAUUGAGGAUUGUGAGCACAGAUGUUUCUAGUACCACGGGCGAGGAUCGGACGAGGGUGAUCGUAUCCGCCUGCGAGUCGUCUACCUCCUGCCGCGAGUCCAGGACCGCCGUCGCCGCCGUCGCCGAUACCCCGGAUAUCGCGCCGCCUUCGCCCUCGCCGAGACGCAAGUGCUCGUGCCCGUCGCGGCCGUUAACGGCAAAUCGCCGCGCGCCGCCGUUUCGCAGACGGGUCUCCUUCAGCGACGCCACCGUCAUCGGGCACGACGGCGACGAGGAGCGUUACCGCCGCGCGAUGCAGGACGACGAUCUGACGAGCGCGUGUCGCGACGGCGACGACGACGACAACGACGAAAUCGGCGGAAGCAAGGUGGAGCGCGAGACGUUCUACGACAUUUGGCAGGCGGACGACUCGUCGACCGGCAGGAGCGACGACGGAUACUCGGAAAGCACACCAAGGAUCGACAAUUACGCGGAGAGUCGUUGCAGAGUAUCGGGUUGCACUUUCAACAGUAGCAACAAAGGCCAGUCGGAGAAUGUCGGCGAGCGAACAGUCGAGUGCGACGAGCGCACGCGGGGGGAAUGGGUGGCCGGUAACGGUGAUGUCUGUCCGACGGAUCGCAUUGCCGGAAGUAAGGCAAGAAACGACGAAGAUGAUACCGUGUGGAACGAGGAUCCGCCAAACUUCGCCCGCAAGAACGUAGACACGAGUGGCUGUGAUGAGUAUCGCAUGCGAGGAGGCUGCGGCGGAUGCUGCUGCGGAGCACGCGAAAACGUCUGGAGGAGUUCGCAGGACUACGGCCGCUGUUGCGGCAGACCCGUGGCAGAGCCGAAUGAAUCAUGCGCGCCUAGUCCGGACAGAGCCAAGACGGUGCGCGUCGUGCCGUCGCGUUGUUCCUGUUGUUGCUGUCCCCGUGGCUGCAGGAAGUCGGCCAGGUGCGAGCCGCCGCCGCCUCCUCCGUGCACGACAGGUAUCCGAAGUUGCUGCGGUGGUAGAUGUUGCGGCGGCUGCGGGAAACCCGGUCAGAUCUGCACGCCGUCGCCGAGGAUCUGCAGCUCGCCGGCUCAUUCCUCGCGCGGACGGUCGCCUUGCGCUCCGCGCUGUCCACCGCAGUCCCCGUGUUCGAUCAGCGGCUGCAGAGGCUGCUGCAGCGGACCCAGCUGUGGAAGGUCGCGCAGCCCGAGAUGUCUGUCUGCCAUAGGUAGCGGAUGCUGCGGCGUCAAUGACGGGGCGAAAUGCGGCACCGAUGGAGUCUGCUGCCGGCUGAGAUUGCCGUGCGAGUGCCUCGGUGGCGGCCUUGACUGUCGGCGAUGCGGAAGAAAGGUCUACCAGGCUGAGAUGCAGAUCGCUUCCGGAGUGCCCUACCACAAUAUUUGCUUCAGUUGCUUUUGUUGCCGAAAGCCGCUGGAACCGUUAACUUAUCAGGAGAACGGCGGCGAGAUCUAUUGCAAACAAUGUUACGUUCGUAAUUUCGGACCGCAAGGAUACGGUUACGGCGUGGGAGCCGGCGUACUGCAAACUCCCUUGUGA